AAACAGGCAGGAAGGAGGAGUGUAGUGAUGUCAGAGGACCUCUCAUUGCAGUCUCCACCAGUGAAGGUUCUGGCUGCACAGCUGAGACGGUGCUCUCGGGUUCCUGGUGGUCCGUGGCUGUUGUCUCGGGAGGAGUAUGGAUGUCCCCCUUUGGCAGUUCCUCUGGUGUGGAUGCAGGGCACGGUGCUCAUCGUGGACCAGGACGGCUCGACCGUGCAUAUUGAAGAUGAAAGUGGCUCUUUCACAGUUCAGGGAGCAGACAAGGUCCCCAAAGGGCGGCCUUGCCUCAGUGCCGGGAAGUACGUGAUGGUGAUGGGGCAGGUUCUGUCUUGUAGCCCGAAGCCCGUCCUUCGAGCAGUGAAGAUGACAGCUCUUACGGACAGCGUCUUGCAUAGGAACAUGUGGGCACUGGAAGUGGAGGAUUUACACAGAAAUCUCUCUUAAUGGUGGAGGCCGCUUUUGUCAGGAUGCUUGUUUUCCAAAGAAAGUGAAGUCCUCUUGAUUUGGCCUUCGGAAUGAAAUUUAAACUUUUCCUUCAGAGAGCUUGAAUGACCUGGAGAAAUUCGCUUACUCGAUUUAUUGUAGGGGUUGAAAGCAAUGGGAACUGAAGAGUGCAUUUUUGAAUAGUGACUAUUUCCAGAUAAGUCCGUUUGGAGAAAGGAGCAUCAGGUUCAUACAGUGGAAGAUUACUUGUUGCCACAAUAAAAGUAAAAAACCCCAUUA